AUGACUGAAGAGGAAGAAGCAUUAGAUUCCCAAAUCUUUGAAGAAGAACAAGAUCUGUUUUUCGAUGAAGACUCUGAAGAAGAACAAGAAGAAGAAUUGAAAGAAAGUGUUCAACAAGAAAGCGAAGAGUCUUUUCGAAGACGUUUAGCUGGACCUUCAACGAAUAAAGCAGGACUUGGUAGUGUAGAUAAAGAUAAGGUUAAUAAGAUUAUAUAUGAAGCAUCCAAGGGAUCAGCAUUCUUUGAAAAUGAAAAAAAGAAAGAUGAGAUGGUGACAAAGCGCAUCAAUGCCAUCCUUAAGAAAUAUGACACCAUCAAGGAUCAAGACUUGUCUUUUGAAAAGAGAAUUGUUGAUAGCAUGAUACAGGAUCUGGAAGCGAGGAGAGAUUUGACUCAGUGCAUAUGUCAUAUUGAUAUGGAUGCAUUUUAUGCAUCUGUAGAAGAACUUGAAAACCCAGAGUUAAAGACCCAACCGAUGGCAGUCGGAAGUAUGUCAAUGUUGUGUACAAGCAACUAUGAGGCAAGAAAAUACGGCGUUCGUAGUGCUAUGCCUGGCUUUAUUGCGAUCAAACUGUGCCCUCAGUUAAAGAUGAUCCCGCUUAACUUUGCAAAGUAUCGAGCUGCUUCAAGCAAGGUGAGAGCCGUUUUUGCAAAGUAUGAUCCUCGAUUCCUGCCACUCAGUUUGGACGAGGCUUAUUUAAAUUUAACAGAAUAUUUAAAAAAGGAGCCAGAUCUGACUCCUGAUGAGCUUGUCCAACAGAUUCGACGCGAAAUAUUCGAAAGCACUCAGCUAACAGCCAGCGCAGGAAUUGCCUGCAACAAAUUUCUAGCUAAAGUAUGCAGUGAUAUAAACAAACCAAAUGGUCAAUAUUAUUUGCCUAUAGACAAGACAAGAGUGAUGGAAUUUGUCAAAAAACUAAAAGUGCGGCAGAUCCCAGGUGUUGGUAGAGUUACAGAGAGAGUGCUCGAAGCACUCGGCGUCCACACCUGUAAUGACAUCUACGCCAAACGCGCAAUUCUAUACAAACUAUUGAGUCCGGCUCAUUUUCAAUUCUUGCUAAAAAGCUGCCUUGGAUUAGGAACAACUAUAUUUGACACAGAAUCAGAAAGGAAGAGUGUAGGCGUUGAAAGGACAUUUUCGCCCAUAUCUGACCCAAAUCAGCUGUACCAAAAGCUACACGAGUUAUGUCAGGCGUUAGAAAGGGAUGUAGAAAAAGCAGGUGUUAUGGGACGAAAUGUGGGAAUCAAGCUCAAAUUUGCAUCUUUUGAAAUGCGUAUAAGAUCAAAAACGCUUCCCACAUACACUUGGUCCGCAAAAGACAUUGAAAAAAUUGCUAAAAAGCUACUUGCUAAAGAAAUGCCGAUGAACCUUCGACUCAUGGGUGUGCGUUUAGCCAAUUUGAAGCCUAGAGGAAGCGAAGAUGAAAGUGUUUUGAAGGUAUAA